GUACAAACAAUUUCAUUCAUCAUUUGUACGCAGGACUCGUCACUCGCACUGGGAACGGUUUUCGUAUUUUUUCAUUAAAGCCAACCGAAAGGAAAGAAACGGGAGUGUUGAGAGUGUGUUCGUUCGUUCGUUGGAGCUUUUAUCAGAAGCAGAAGAAAAAAAAUAGAAAAAGAAAAGAUACAUUUUUAACAUUCCGCUGAGUAGCAUUGAAAGAACAAAUCCGAGUUAGAAUCAUUGACAAACUAAAGUAUUAUCGAAAUCCUGUGAUUCGUAUUCAAAGUUCAAGACCAAAGAUGACUGAUCUACUGAAAAUUCUGAGUAAAACCCAUUGGAAUUCAGUGCGUUAUGAUUUUCUAAUAAUCACGAGUAUACUUUUCUCGUUAAUGGUUACGUAUUGUCAAGGUCUACAACUGAAUUCACUUUCAACGAAAAUGCCCAGGGUUACCAGAUAUACGACAAAAUCGCCAGCGUCUUCAUCAAUGAACCACGAUGCCACCACGUCCAUUUACCGUUUCAAUGCCACCAACGGCAUCACCUGCAUCCUGAUUAGUGUUGAUGGCCUGAUCAGCAUUAAGUAUCGCAACAAGCUGAAUGAAGACGUUGAGGCCGAUUUGUAUUUGCCCGAUAAUCCAGUGUUGAGCGGCGAAUGUGUGGAGUCCAAUAUGGAACUGUUGACGCUGGAGUUCAAAGGCUUCAAACUAUCGAUGACGUUCAAAAAGUCAUCUGGCGGUGAAGGCUGGUACAUCAAUCUCUUCGAAUUAACGUACUCCUCGUCGAAUCCCCUAUUCGAACAUCCAGAUCGUCCAGGCUUAGAUGUUAAGUUAACUUCACCAUCUCACACGCCCAUGUAUUUCCCAACACCCGUGGGUAAAUCCUAUGUCUGCGACAAGGAACAAACGGUGUUAAUGUUCGCCCCACUGGACUCGGGUGAUCAGUCGGGUCACAUUGCACGGCUGUAUUUACGUGAUCUGCAUAUGCAAAGCUUUAUGUUCAAGGAAAGUGGUAAAUGGGGACCACCAUUCCAUUGCAGUGCCACCGGCUCGUAUCGGGAUGAGACGGCACCCUUGGCAGUGGGCACGGCAUUGGCGAUAGCUGUUUUACUAACCAUCUCAGGCUAUGGAGGAUGGAGAUAUUUCAAAAUCAAAAAGGUACAAUACGGCACCAUGGAAUAAAUGGGUUAAUCAGAGGAAGCAAAAAAACCCACAAACCUGAGUAUUAAACUAAGAAACCAAAUGAGAAAAAUAAUUAAAAGAAGGGAAGUGUGUGUGUAAAGAUAACUUAUUUUUGAUUAUUUAUUGGAAUUAUUUUUCAAGUUUGUUUUAAAGAAUAAAAGUAAAAAAUAAUUAAAAAACAAACAAAUGAAACCACAAAAAGUAACUAAUUAUAGUAAAAUGAAUUGCAAAUGUCUUCCAUAUUGUUAAAACUAAAUAAAAAAACAAAAACCAAUACUUAAAUUAACAAAAAAAAAAAAAAUAUUUAAAAACAUAUUUAAUAAAAACAAACAAAUCUUAAUAUUUUUAUUAUUGUUUUUUAUUAAAAUACAUUUUAUUGAAUUUCUUUGUAUUUCAAAUGUUUCCUUUAAUUUGGCACCUAAUUUUUGUAAUCUACCAAAUCUAACACCUUUUUCAAAUAAUCUCGAUGUUGUUAUUUCAAUUUAAUAAAAAAAAAAACAUAAAAAACAAACAGAAAUAUAUUGAAAAUGAAAAACAAACUCAGUACUAUUAAUUAUAUAUAAUAUAAAAUAAAUAAUAUAUAAAAUUUUUAGCCUAUAUUGGAAAUAUUGAAAACUAAACAAAAUAAGAAAAAGAAAAAGAAAACAUAACAAACCUAUUCUAAGAUGUUGAAACGUUUAAAUCAUAUCCAAACUGAAAUUAUAUAUUGAAAACUAAAAAAAAUAACAACCAAAACAUAAAUCUGAAAAUAAAAAUGUAUACAUACAUAUAUAUAGAGCAGCAUUGCCACCAAAAAAAAAAAGAAAAUCUGAAACAAAAUAACGACCGUAUCUAAAAUGCCAUAAUAGACCAUGCAUACCAAACAUAUACAUAUACUGGACAUACAUAGGCGUUCAAAAUUUGUUUCUUUAUUGCCAAAAACCAAAUUGAAUACCAUACAUAAAAAACUAGGCGAUAGUUACAACAAAACCGAAAUGCUAAACCAAUUUCGAAUUUCCUAUUAAAGCUGCAAUUUGAAACCAAAAUUAUUUACAACAAGAACAAAACAAAUUUAGUAUAAAGUUGUUUAUAUUCAAUAUUUUAAUUAACAGUUACAAAGUAUUAAAACAAACGUCAUUACCAUUAUUGCGAUUUUUAUGAUUAUUACUUAGAAUAGUUUUCUGUUCGAAAUUCAUCAUCACUGAAAUCAUUGCAUCAUGUACCUUCAGCCGAAAUUGUAAACCAAAACAAAUCACAAACAACGUCAUGUUGAUAAAAGAAGAGAUUUCCUUACAAAAACAAGUGAGACAUACUGAAAACAAUAUUAUAUUUAACAAACAGCCCAUUAUAACAGAAAUUAAACAUUGCAAAAACUUAAUUAUAAACAAAAAAUAAUUUCCACAUAAUAAAAAAAUACAUUAAAAACCUUAAAUAAAUUUAUCAUUAUGUUAUCAGACAAAACCCCACUUGAAAACAAGGAUUUUG